CAGCGCAGUCAGGACGGACUGACUCCAGCUUCAGGGACUAUUCCCCCUCUGCUGAUUCUCAUCCUUCCAGUUUGACUCAUGGAGGAGCGCAGGACCAGGCAAUGAAUACCACGACCAGCUUGGCCCUGGUGGGAGCUGAAAGCCGGGAGGAGUUACCCGCACACCGAGCUCUGACCGGCUGCGUCCUGGCGCUGCUUAUCAUCUGGACGCUUUUGGGCAACUUCACGGUGUGCGCAGCCGUUUAUCGCUACCGGCACCUGCGCGCAAAAGUGACCAACAUCUUCAUCGUGUCCUUGGCUCUGUCGGACCUGCUGGUCGCGGUGCUGGUGAUGCCGUGGAAGGCUGCGGCUGAAGUGGCCGGUUUCUGGCCGUUCGGGGGCUUCUGUAAGACCUGGCUGGCCUGCGACAUCAUGUGCUCCACAGCCUCCAUCCUCAACCUGUGCGUCAUCAGCGUGGACAGAUACUGGGCCAUCUCCAGCCCCUUCCGCUACGAGAGGAGCAUGAACAAGAGAGUGGCCUCCGUCAUGAUCGGCGUGACCUGGACGGUGUCCGUGGUCAUCUCCUUCGUCCCCGUGCAGCUCAACUGGCACAGGGCAGAGAUCAGUGACGAGGCCGGGGAGGAGGAUGUUGCGCGUCAGGGUCGGAGCAUGGACGGGAGCUGUGACUCCAGCCUGAGCCGCACAUACGCCAUCUCCUCCUCCCUCAUCAGCUUCUACAUCCCCGUGGCCAUCAUGAUCGUCACAUACACGCGCAUCUACCGGAUCGCGCAGAUGCAGAUCCGGAUGAUCUCCUCCCUGGAGCGCGCGGCGGAACACGCGCAAAGUUGCCGUUCGGAUGUACCUGAAAUAUGUCCUCACCUGUGCGCGGAAAUCGGUGCCCAUUCAUACCAGGCUCGUGUCAGUGUGCAGGCUCAGACUCAGACUCACCGGGAGCUCAGAGUCUCCAUCAGGAAAGAGACUAAAGUCCUGAAAACCCUGAGCGUCAUCAUGGGAGUGUUUGUCUGCUGCUGGCUGCCCUUCUUCAUCCUAAACUGCGCCCUGCCCUUCUGUCCCGGACCAGGGGCCCCGGGGAGCCAGCGUGGCCCUUACUGCGUCAACGAAAAAACAUUUGACGUGUUUGUGUGGAUCGGCUGGAGCAACUCGUCCCUCAACCCGGUCAUCUACGCGUUUAACGCAGAAUUCAGAGACGCCUUCCUGCGCCUGCUGCGCUGCCGCGGAGGAGGAGGCUGCUGGGACGCGGUGAGCGCAGCGGUGGGGACGGUGAUGGACAGCGACAGGGCCGCGAACCUGAAGCACGAGGGCCCGCUGAACGUGAGGCUGGGGGUCUCCUGCUCCACGAACCCCCGGGGGAGCGAGGACAGCGGCAACACCACAUUGACCGUGUGUUAUCACAGAGGGACAAACUCGGAGCAGGUGACAGACACUGAGGAGAGUAACGACAAAGACAGACUGACGCAGAUACCCACACAAGGGACACAGUAGGACGUCCACCGGAGGGGUCAAAAUGGUGGAGAGUGUGCACAUCAAACCCCAUGUGAAGUUAAGGGGGAAACAAAAAACACGCCACACAGACCAAAAUUACAUCUUUGUGGGUCUCCUGCUCUAUUAACCAUUUGUCCAAUGGCCAACACAGCAAUGCCAAUUUUCAAUCAUCAUUUUCUCUUUUAUGAAGGACCUUAGCCCUGGAUAUGAUCUUUUUGAGCACAUCCUGAUUUGGGAUAGCCCAUUUGUAGGUAGAGCUGUAACUUUAUAUUUGUUUUUACACUAUUUAGAGCUUCUCAAUUGUUCACUUGGAUGUCCACAGAGAUUUGUAUGGGUUGUUCAUGUGUUUACCUCUUUUCCCUAUAGCACGAUGAAGAUGGACAAGUGACAUCUGGACACAUAAAUGGAUUAAAUAUAGUUGUUGUUGUCGUACAGGUUUUAUAUUUACUUUCUGUGGCCAAAGUUAGUCGGAAUCCGGUUGAAAAAGCUCAAAGUAAAAGGGACAAUAUAAUUUUCCUAUAUCUGUUUCAAUAUUUAAGUAAUUUACACCAAGGAGGUUCUGUUUUCACCCAGGUUUGUUUGUUUGUUGGUUGGUUUGUGUGGACGGAUUACCACAAAACUCGGUGGAUGUGGUAUGGGUCAGAGGAGAACCUGUUAUAUUUUGGUGCGGAUCCGGAUCAGAGGGCAGAAUCAGGAUUUUUUUUCAACUUUCUAUAACAUUGCAUUUUUUAUAAUUUCCUUGAUUUCACUGAGAAUAAUCCCUGGAUCUUGAUGAUAAAAUCAGGCAUGCUUAGUGUACAGAUAUUUAUGAGUGUGUGCAAUAAGGUGCAGAUCCAAAUAAAAGUCAGGAUCUAUAGUGAAUAUAAAUUUGGAUUUAGUUUUCUCACCCUCUGUGUUCGAUUAGAAUAGACAUUGUAUAGGAAGUGAAACUAACUCACCCUUUUAAAUUAAAAACACAAAUUUAUUUAAUACUCCAUCCUCUACCAGUGAGGAUGGAGUUUUUCCAGUGUGGCCAUUCAAGGCCAAAUAUUCGGCUUCGCUGUCCCUGUCUCCAUCACAGAGAGUUAUCAGAGGUCAGGAUUUCUCUGAAUCUCUAGAAAUGGGAUUAUGUAAGAGAUUCACAUUAGCGCCCAUCAGCUGUGCAUCUCUGUGAAUUGUGAGUGCACUCUGU